UGAGGAUUACCUCCCCCAAGACCCAACUAUAACCCCCUCCCAAUCCACCACCAGACAAGUGAACCAACCCACCACGCACAAUGCGUUCCCUCCAGCGGCUCGUGGCAGCCGCCCUAGCCACCACCCAGGCGGCCGCCGCCUUCGAAUACAACACCUUCGACGGCCCCGGCUUCCCGUCCUGCUACAACGUAUCCCGGGUGCACGACGCCACCAGCGUCGCCGACAUGGCGGCCGUCGUCAAAGAAGUCGCCGCCGCCUCCUCCUCAUCCUCUUCCAACUCCUCAGCCGUCGGCCGAGUGCGCGCGGCCGGCAAGGGCCACAUGUGGUACGACACGCAGUGCAGCGACGCGUGGACGGUGAUUGUGCGCACGGAGCAGGUGGCGGCGAUCUCCGACUUUGAGCUGGCCGAGGGGGCGGAUCAGGGGACGGUGUGGGUGGAGGCGGGCACGACGUUUUUUCAGCUGGCGGAUUACUUGCAUGAGCGCGGCGCGUCGGUGGGGUAUACGUUGACGAAUUGGAAUAUUAGCUUUGGCGGGAGCGUGGCGAUGGGGGCGCAUCGGUCGUCGAUUCGGGAGGAUAGUAUGGUGGCGGCCGGGGUAUUGGCGAUGGAUAUUAUUGAUGGGAUGGGGGAGGUUAGGAGGGUGGUGAGGGAUGAGGGGGACGAUGAGUGGUUGGCCGCGUCGACGUCGUUGGGGUUGCUGGGCAUCAUUGCGCGGGUCCAGUUGCAGGUGUAUCCCGAUACGAAGGUCUAUGCCAAGCAGGCGACGCUUGACGAGAAGGACGUCCUCGACGGGGAUAUCUAUGGCAUGAUCGCGCCGUAUGCGACGGCCAACCUCUGGUGGUGGCCAUACAAGCGCAAGUUCCACCACCGGUACUACAACCCGGUGCCUGCCAACUCGACCCCCCAGGAAGGAUUCCAGAACACCUUCUCCGUCACCGAACUGGAGGCCAUCGCAGCCCGCACCAUGCUCGACAGCGGCAAGUACCUCGCCACGUCCAACAUGCUGGCCGAGGAGAUCUUCUUUGGCCUGUGGUCCAAGCCCAACUUCCGUGAGAAGACGACCAACGAAGAAAUCGAGGAGUGGCCCGUCUACGGUUGGAACUACGACGUUCUCAUCGGCGGCCUGUACCCAGACCAGAAGGCCGAGUGGGAUUACGGCCUGGCCGGCUACACGAUGGAGUUGGCGUUCCCUAUGCCGCUGGCGAACAAGAUGCUGAAGAGGGUUCGGGAGCUGUUUGACGAUGAGCUCAAGAAGGGGAUCAUCAUGACGUCGACGUACCGGAGUGGGAUUAACAUCAAGUUUGGCAAGGCCUACUAUGAUUUCCUCGGCCAGGUCACGUACAACACGACCGACGGCGCCGACUGGACUAAGGGCGCCAUCAUGUUUGAUUUUCCCUCGUUCCGGCCCACCAUUGGGGACCACAAGCGGUUCAACGAGCCGUUCUACCACAAAGUGGCCAACACGCUCAUCGACGAGUUCCCGUGCCGCCCGCAUUGGACUAAGAAUACUCGCGAAGUGUUCACUCGAUCGGUCAAGAACCUGGAUCCCAACGUGAGUGUUCCGGUCAGGUUGACGGGAGUAAGUUUACUGACUAGAUGCAUCAUGCAGCACCUCCGUCGCUUCAAGGCUGUUCGGGAGCGGUUCGAUCCUCAGGGCAUCUACCGCAAUGUGAUUGGGGAGAUUCUAGGGUUUUAUUGACGUGCGGUUGCAAUCAGGUACAUAAUAAUACGGCUUAUUCAGACGGGUCCACGGUACCUGGGGGUCUAAGAUCUUGAAACGUAGAUAUUUGAAAUUAAAUCAAUUAAGAAUGCUC